UGAGGCCGCCCCCCCGCAGUCCGGAAGCCGCGCUGGCCGGCGGGGGUGGCAGAGAAGGCUGAGUUGUGUCCACCGUCCAUGGCCAUCGCGCUGCUCGCCCGGGCCUGCCGGCCCCUCCGCGGAGGCUUGGUCCUUCAGGGCUCCGCAGCUCCCGCCGGGUUUGAGCCGCCUUAUCCACACCCCGCCUCCUCCACACCCCGCCUCCGGCACCCACGCGGAGUUCCGGGCGUGCAGACCUCGGAGCCAGGCCAGGGAUUGAGCUGGGACUCAGGAGCUCUCUGCCCUUGGGACUGGCGGCAGUUACACACUGUCUACCAUUCUGUGGAGCUGCCCGAAACGCACCAGAUGCUGUGUCAGACCUGCCGGGACUUUGCUGAGAAGGAGCUGGUUCCCAUCGCGGCUCAGGUGGACAGGGAGCAUCUCUUCCCAGCAGCGCAGGUGAAGAAGAUGGGUGGGCUCGGGCUGCUGGCCAUGGACGUGCCUGAGGAGCUCAGCGGGGCUGGGCUCGACUACCUGGCCUACUCCAUCGCCAUGGAGGAGAUCAGCCGGGGCUGCGCCUCCACCGGCGUCAUCAUGAGUGUCAACAACUCUCUCUACCUGGGCCCCAUCCUGAAGUUCGGCUCCCCCGAGCAGAAGCGGCAGUGGGUCACCCCUUUCACCAGUGGUGACAAAAUUGGCUGCUUUGCCCUCAGUGAACCAGGGAACGGCAGCGAUGCGGGAGCUGCAUCCACUACGGCCCGGGAGGAAGGGGACUCGUGGGUCCUGAAUGGCACCAAAGCCUGGAUCACCAAUGCCUGGGAGGCCUCGGCCACUGUGGUCUUUGCCAGCACGGACAGAUCCCUGAAGAACAAGGGCAUCAGUGCCUUCCUGGUUCCCAUGCCAACACCUGGGCUCAUGCUGGGGAAGAAGGAGGACAAGCUGGGCAUCCGGGGCUCGUCCACAGCCAACCUCAUCUUUGAGGACUGUCGCAUCCCCAAGGAGAACCUGCUGGGGGAGCCGGGGAUGGGCUUCAAGAUAGCCAUGCAAACCCUGGACAUGGGCCGGAUUGGAAUCGCCUCCCAGGCCCUGGGCAUUGCCCAGGCUGCCCUGGAUUGUGCUGUGAACUACGCUGAAACCCGCAAGGCCUUCGGGGCACCCCUCACGAAGCUCCAAGGCAUCCAGUUCAAGCUGGCGGAUAUGGCCCUGGCCCUGGAGAGUGCCCGGCUGCUGACCUGGCGUGCUGCCAUGUUGAAGGACAAUAAGAAGCCUUUCACCAAGGAGUCCGCCAUGGCCAAGCUUGCUGCAUCGGAGGCCGCGACUGCCAUCAGCCACCAGGCUAUACAGAUUCUGGGUGGCAUGGGUUAUGUGACAGAGAUGCCCGCUGAGCGCCACUACCGAGACGCGCGCAUCACCGAGAUCUACGAGGGCACCAGUGAGAUCCAGAGGCUGGUGAUCGCUGGGCAUGUGCUCCGGAGCUACCGGAGCUGAGCCCCUCUGAGGGGACCAGCACCCCCUGCCAGCCUUGGACUGUAGGAAAGGGGCGGAGCCUCAUGGCCUUAACUCUGGCGUCUGCCAGACCCUUGGGCACAGAGCCCUCGGCCCUACACGCUGGCUAGAGGGGCUCUCAUGCCCUUUCGCUCUUCCACCCAGAUUAAACUGCAAGGGUGGGAGUCUCAGGGAGAGGAAGGGUGAGGCCCUGUGACCUGUGACAGAGGACACCCAUCUGGGCUCUGCUACCCCCUUCCACGCUAGCCAGCGUGCUUUCACGGGAGUGGCUGUGGGGAGCAGGAGCGCCUCCUGUCCUGGCCCUGCAGGGCCCGGCCUUUGCCCAGGGGUUUGAGUUCCAGUCUCUGGAAGGGUGUGGUCCUGGUUGUGGGGUCGCUCUGCAAAGCACGUAGGUGUGCAGUGUGUGGUCUGUCUGUCAUGGCUGGAACUGAUUGUUGCAAUAAAGCAUACCUGGUCCGGACCGAC